AUGGUGAUGGAGGGGAAUAUUCGUACUUGCACCGAUGGCUCUCAUUCCACCCUGUCACUGCCUCGGCCCGGAGGAUAUCACACCACAGAGAAGCGCAGGCUAUUACUAAUUUAUAUCCAUGGCUUCAUGGGAUCAGAAGCUAGCUUCCUUGACCUCCCGCUACAUGUUCAUGAUCUGUUAACGGGAUCAUUGACCGAGUCACAUGUGGUGUACACCCGCAUGUAUCCCAGAUACAAGUCUCAAGGCGAGAUGCAAACAGCUGUGGAUCAAUUCAGUGUCUGGCUAUCACCACAUGAGGCAGAUGACCUGGAUGUUAUCUUGCUGGGGCAUAGUCUCGGCGGAAUUCUAGCUGCAGACGUUGCUCGCUUACAGCAAGACGGGCAAGCAAAACAUCGAAUUCUGGGGGUAGUGGGAUUCGAUGUCCCCUUUCUGGGAAUCCAUCCCCGCGUAAUAGCAACAGGAACCAUGGGCUUAAUGCCCAAGAAAGACCAGGAAGAUGAAGAGAAGCUUGCGACAGAACAAGAAUCUCUAGACUUGGAAUCAGCCUUCAAACCCGCCCCUUUUAAUCCCAACUUUGACCCACCGUUCAUGAACGAUGUGCGCCUGGUUGACCGUGGCUUUCUCAAGGGUAUGAUGCAUUUUGUCAACAAAAAUACCGACAAUCUCUCACGAUCUAUCUUCAAUCGCGUCGUAUCACCUUUCAAAUUUGCUGGUUGUGUCAAUGACUAUUCUGAACUUCGUCGGCGGUAUCGGCACUUGAUGGAGCUGGAAGGUGCUGAGUCCAGUCCCGGGAGAGUACGUUUUGUCAAUUACUAUACCGCGAGCACUGGUCGCAAACCACGAAAGUCCAAGGCGAAAGCCGAAAAGCAAGCAGAGAAGUCUAUAAAGGAAGCUGAAAAGAAAGCCAAAAAGGAAGCCAGGAAGGAAGCCAAGAAGUCCGCAAAGGAAGACAAAGAGUCCACAAGGGAGGUUGAAAUUGAUCUGGAUGAAUAUGCGACGAAAAUGCAUUCGCACGAAUUCUCAGAUACGCCAAGUGUUUCCGAAGAAACCGAAUUAACCACCUCCAUGAGCAAAACGACAAUACAAAGAAAGCCCUUGAAGCCCACUACUUCUCAUUCUUCCCUGGCGACCAAAACGGCCAACGAUGACAAGGAUACUCCGCUGGCGGAUCAUACAAGUGCAGCACCGUCUACCUCAACCUCAACCGACCAAACAGAGAAUCAGUCUCCUUCAGGAAGGGUUUCCCUCUCAACCGAGAACAGCUCCAUCACAACCACGGAGUCCUCAGACCCUAAUAAACAACACCUUCGCAAGUUCAUCCUCUUACCGUCACAUCAUUGGAAGUACAACGACAACGCCUAUUGGGAGCCGAUAUUAAUGGAGGACAUGGACGAAGUCGUGGCACACCAGUCUAUGUUUAUCCCACAGGGUGCAAACUACGACCACCUCGUCGGAGAUAGCGUUGGGCUAAUUGAGCAAUGGAUUGAGAACGAUCUUAGUCGACGAUUUCUCCAAGAAAGCGUUGACUAA